ACUUCCAGCGAAAGCCCGCGUCGGAGGGCGACGGUCCGCGCGAGCCACAACAGCGCGGAUCUUCAGGCAGGCGGCUGGCUCUGCACCAGCGCAAGUGCGGCUGGAGCUCUCGGAGAGCAGCUAGGCUGCAGGGCGCCCCCGCAAACCGCAGCUCUCAGCUUCAGCGCCUCCAAAAGCUCGCGGUCAGCGCAAAGGGACGUAGAGGCUCCUCCGUGCCCCAGGCCGCGGAGAGCAGCCGCCGGCGAUGCUUUUGUCCAGCCCGGGCCGAGCCAGCGCGCAAAGAGCGCCCAACCAGCCGACUCUCCGCGCCGCCUCCCGCCAGCCCGCGCUCCGGCUUUGUGCAAGAUUCUCCCGGCACAGAACUGCCCGCAGCACUCGAGCACCAAAGGGUCAUCGCGCCCUCCGCCAGCCGGAGCCGUCUGGAUGGGCACCACGGCCGUGCGCCGGAGGCCACGAGGGACCCAGAGCGAGAGCGGGCGGUGAAAGAAGCCACUAGGCCGAGGCGGUCGGAUGCGCUCUGCGAGGGAGCUCCGAGCCGAUCGCAAGGACUGCCAGCUUCCAUCCACCCCCCAGGGCCCUCGCCUCCAGCCUCAGCCGAGCGCUGAGCUCAGAUUUGGAAACAAACGCCCUAGCUCUCCCGGCUUCCCACAACUCUAUCUUGCGAAAGUUGGUGUGUUCCCUGUCCUGUGGACUCCCACCUCCAGCUCUUGGCAGAAGACUUUAACCAAGGGCGGUGAGCAGAUGUGUGAGAUCUUCUAUUCUAGAAGUGGACGUAUAUCCCAGUUCUCAGAGCCCCGUAUUCGAGCCCCGUGGGAUCCGGAGGCUGCCAACCAGCUCCAGCAUGCAGAACAGUCACAGCGGAGUGAAUCAGCUUGGUGGUGUCUUUGUCAACGGGCGGCCACUGCCGGACUCCACCCGGCAGAAGAUCGUAGAGCUAGCUCACAGCGGGGCCCGGCCGUGCGACAUUUCCCGAAUUCUGCAGACCCAUGCAGAUGCAAAAGUCCAGGUGCUGGACAAUGAAAACGUAUCCAACGGUUGUGUGAGUAAAAUUCUGGGCAGGUAUUACGAGACUGGCUCCAUCAGACCCAGGGCAAUCGGAGGGAGUAAGCCAAGAGUGGCGACUCCAGAAGUUGUAAGCAAAAUAGCCCAGUAUAAACGGGAGUGCCCUUCCAUCUUUGCUUGGGAAAUCCGAGACAGAUUAUUAUCCGAGGGGGUCUGUACCAACGAUAACAUACCCAGUGUGUCAUCAAUAAACAGAGUUCUUCGCAACCUGGCUAGCGAAAAGCAACAGAUGGGCGCAGACGGCAUGUAUGAUAAACUAAGGAUGUUGAACGGGCAGACCGGAAGCUGGGGCACACGCCCUGGUUGGUAUCCCGGGACUUCAGUACCAGGGCAACCCACGCAAGAUGGCUGCCAGCAACAGGAAGGAGGGGGAGAGAACACCAACUCCAUCAGUUCUAACGGAGAAGACUCGGAUGAAGCUCAGAUGCGACUUCAGCUGAAGCGGAAGCUGCAAAGAAAUAGAACAUCUUUUACCCAAGAGCAGAUUGAGGCUCUGGAGAAAGAGUUUGAGAGGACCCAUUAUCCAGAUGUGUUUGCCCGGGAAAGACUAGCAGCCAAAAUAGAUCUACCUGAAGCAAGAAUACAGGUAUGGUUUUCUAAUCGAAGGGCCAAAUGGAGAAGAGAAGAGAAACUGAGGAACCAGAGAAGACAGGCCAGCAACACUCCUAGUCACAUUCCUAUCAGCAGCAGCUUCAGUACCAGUGUCUACCAGCCAAUCCCACAGCCCACCACACCUGUCUCCUCCUUCACAUCAGGUUCCAUGUUGGGCCGAACAGACACCGCCCUCACCAACACGUACAGUGCUUUGCCACCCAUGCCCAGCUUCACCAUGGCAAACAACCUGCCUAUGCAACCCCCAGUCCCCAGUCAGACCUCCUCAUACUCGUGCAUGCUGCCCACCAGCCCGUCAGUGAAUGGGCGGAGUUAUGAUACCUACACCCCUCCGCACAUGCAAACACACAUGAACAGUCAGCCCAUGGGCACCUCGGGGACCACUUCAACAGGACUCAUUUCACCUGGAGUGUCAGUUCCCGUCCAAGUUCCCGGGAGUGAACCUGACAUGUCUCAGUACUGGCCUCGAUUACAGUAAAGAGAGAAGGAGAGAGCAUGUGAUCGAGAGAGGAAAUUGUGUUCACUCUGCCAAUGACUAUGUGGACACAGCAGUUGGGUAUUCAGGAAAGAAAGAGAAAUGGCGGUUAGAAGCACUUCACUUUGUAACUGUCCUGAACUGGAGCCCGGGAAUGGACUAGAACCAAGGACCUUUGCGUACAGAAGGCACGGUAUCAGUUGGAACAAAUCUUCAUUUUGGUAUCCAAACUUUUAUUCAUUUUGGUGUAUUAUUUGUAAAUGGGCAUUGGUAUGUUAUAAUGAAGAAAAGAACAACACAGGCUGUUGGAUCGCGGAUCUGUGUUGCUCAUGUGGUUGUUUAAAGGAAACCAUGAUCGACAAGAUUUGCCAUGGAUUUAAGAGUUUUAUCAAGAUAUAUCAAAUACUUCUCCCCAUCUGUUCAUAGUUUAUGGACUGAUGUUCCAAGUUUGUAUCAUUCCUUUGCAUAUAAUUGAACCUGGGACAACACACACUAGAUAUAUGUAAAAACUAUCUGUUGGUUUUCCAAAGGUUGUUAACAGAUGAAGUUUAUGUGCAAAAAAGGGUAAGAUAUGAAUUCAAGGAGAAGUUGAUAGCUAAAAGGUAGAGUGUGUCUUCGAUAUAAUACAAUUUGUUUUAUGUCAAAAUGUAAGUAUUUGUCUUCCCUAGAAAUCCUCAGAAUGAUUUCUAUAAUAAAGUUAAUUUCAUUUAUAUUUGACAAGAAUACUCUAUAGAUGUUUUAUACACAUUUUCAUGCAAUCAUUUGUUUCUUUCUUGGCCAGCAAAAGUUAAUUGUUCUUAGAUAUAGCUGUAUUACUGUUCACAGUCCAAUCAUUUUGUGCAUCUAGAAUUCAUUCCUAAUCAAUUAAAAGUGCUUGCAAGAGUUUUAAACCUAAGUGUUUUGCAGUUGUUCACAAAUACAUAUCAAAAUUAACCAUUGUUGAUUGUAAAAAAAAAACCAUGCCAAAGCCUUUGUAUUUUCUUUAUUACACUAUUUUCUUUUUAACCUUAUAGUGUGGUGUUACAAAUUUUGUUCCCACAUUAGGUUAAUGUCCUAAAUCAAUGGUUACUUUCAUAUAUUCCAUUUUACAACCUGAUGGUCCUCAAAGAAAUAAUUUUUACAGAUAUCAGAAGUUGGUAAUGUAUUGUAAAAAAACCUAAAACAAAACACAGCUAGCUGUAUGUAGGUCUGCAUCCCACAAUGUGUACAGAAAAUAGUAAUAUUUCAAAUUUAUCUAUUUAUUUGAUUUUAAAGCUCAAAGUGUAGAAGUAAUUAAAAAAAUGCAACAAGGGAUUCACUAGGAAUUGUUUUGAAUUAGAGCUGGCAUUUUUAACCUGGGCAACCAAUCCCCACAAUGAUUCCACUACAGUCAUAUUCAAAGGUUGAGUUCUUAAACAAGAUCCUCUGACAGCUGUUGCCAAUCUCAGAUAACCCUUCUUGCUGUCCUGUCUCCCCACUCUUUGCAUAAGAGGCAUCGGCUCCCAUUGAACCCCUCCAGCUGCUCCCAUGUGUGUCUUGCUUUCGGUGCUGUGGUGGGUGGUUGGAGGGUGGAGGGGAUGUUGCAUGUCAAGGAAUAAUGAGCACAGACACACUAAGAGACAACAACAAAGCGGACUGUGACUGGCCGGUGGGAGUUAAAGGCCUUCAGUCAUUGGCAGCUUAAGCCAAACAUUCCCAAAUCUAUGAAGCAGGGCCCAUUGUUGGUCAGUUGUCAUUUGCGAAGAAGCACAGAUCUGAUCAUGUUUAAAGUGGCAGCAUGCAGGGCAGGAGUGCCUGAGCCCAAGCAAUGGAGAGAAAAAAAAGGAAGCUUUUGUUGGUUAGAAAAAGGCCUGCCUGCUAUUUUCUGCCUGUUCUGUGCAACACUUAAGUCACAUAGACACAUUUUCUUCAGCGAGCUUGAGAGAGAGAAACUCUGGGGUCCUGGCCACCUAGAUUAAAAAUACAAGGAGACUCAUCCUAGGGGGAAGGCACUUCACUGACUCCCAACUCUGAGGAUUUUUGGUUUUGUAAAUCGCAAAAGGCAAAUGAUCAGAAAUAAAUUGAUUGGAGGAUUUCAAC